AUAUGCUCUAUAUCACAAAAUUAAAGAGUAUAUGUUCUCCUUUUCCCAUAAUACAAUAGUACUACUUCUUUUGUUGUAAAGGGCUUCCCUGCCUUACCCUAGAGCCGCCGUUGCCUCCUCCGUUGUCCGCCGCCCUUCCUGAAGAACCUGGUGUUAUCUUUUUCUCCUCAGCCAUUUCCUCUCUACAAUCGAAGAAAGUAUCCAUUUUUCUCAAUGUCUUUGCUGGAAGUUAUCACCAAAGCUUCCAUUGAAAAUUCUCCAACCACCUCCGAUGGUGAUUUCUCUAUUGUUCUCAACUCCGAACCAGCUCUGCUUCAACUGAAACCCGAAAAGGAGGAGAGCGAUGAUAUUUCGCUACUCAAGCGAGGAACUGGGUGGAGCCUUUUAUCAACUGAUGUUGAAGUGAUUGAGUCAGGACAAAAGUUCUUCAAAAAUUUGAAGAAGAUGAUGAAAAACCCUAACACAUUCAAUAAAGAAGAAUUCUUUGAGGUGUUGGUUUCCUAUAUGACGGGAAUCUGGGAUAUAUUUGGGAUUUCAGUUAGUCCUGAUAAGGUGGAUGAGGAUAAUAUUGUAAAAAUGAUUGAAAAGCUGGGUAGUUUUAUGGGUAGAGAUGUUAAGGGUUUGGUUUUGGAGGCUUGUGUUGUUUUAGAGACUUGGGAGAUCUUGGAGAGUAUGAUUGUUAAUGGCAUUGUUGAUCAUUCAGGCAUAUCAAGUUUGAUAAAUAACCUAAUUGAAAAGAAACAAUCUUGGUUGGUUGUUUUGUGUGUAAAGCAUGUAUUAGAUAUUCAAACUUAUGAUAUGAUGUGUGUGUUGAAAUAUUUUCUUUCCCUUUCCAAAAAUGGGGAUAGUACUUUGAUUAAUGUGAGGAGGGAAUGGGAGAGUCAAGCAAUGUCUGCAAUUGAGAAGGCAAAGGAUGUGAGCCUCGGUCCGGUCAGGAUGGAUAUAGCUAGGGAUGCUUCAUUAUUGCUUAUGCUAGCACAUGAUGGGUUCUCAGUUUCUGAAAUGUGUUUGCAUUAUUUGCUUGCAUCGAGGAAUGUUGAUGAAGUUAUUUUGGGUGCUUGCAUUAGUAAAUUAACUGGUUCAGAGAUAAUGGUUUUGAUUCGGUACUUGCAAAAGUGGUUGAAUAAAUAUGAGAGGUUUCCUCAGGUGUGUCCUUGUCCUAAGGCACCAUUUGAAUUGGGGUUGAAGGCUUGUGAAUGGGUUCCUUCACUCGAGGACAUAGUUAAGUGCCUUGGUUUGGUUGUGGAUGAGCAUUUCUCUUCUUUGGUUUUACAUCAAGAGUUUCAUGAGGAAUUGAAAUCUUUAGAAGAAGUUGUCAAUUCUUUAACUGCAGAAGCAAAAAUAUGUGGCAUCUUGUCAAAUGUGACCGAGGCAUUGAAAAUCAAAACACAAAGGCUGGCUGGCGAUGUAGCAUGAGGCUGAUAUCUCCUGGUUUCAGUUUAUGCUGAAUAUGCAGUUGGAGAGUCUGACAAGUUCAACCGCGUCACAUUCUAUUGGACUAAUGGGUAAAUGAGAUCUAUGGUGUUGAUUGCAUUUGUUGUGAGUAAACUGAUUUAGAGCUUCCAUUCUCUUGGCUUUACAACACGAGACACAGAGAAAGAAUGCAGACUUGUCUUUUCAUUUAUUUAAAGUAUACGCGAUAAUAUAUUUAUUGGGCAAGUGUUCAAGCCCAUGUUUUCUGUACUCUAAGCUAGUUAAGCCUCUGCUGAGUAUAUCACUGUAUUAGAUUAUUACUCUUUGAAUAUGGUUUUGAUUAGUUUAAAAAAUAGCAUUGAAAAAAACUAAAUAGAACAAACAGGCGUGCUUCCGUUUUGUCGUUUUGGAAUGCAUGUCUUGCAGUUGACAAUUGACACGGUGACAAUUUGUAAACUAGUUUUUGCAGUAGAUUUUAAUUAACUUGGUCAUGUUAAUCCUUUUCUUAA